ACUCUGCCUCAUGUCAUGUGGGAGGCCGGAGCUAAAACUCAGUCCGGUCCAAUUCUUAAAAUGUAGUCUCCUUUUCGAGGAGAACCUUCUUCCUCUCUUCAACGUUUGCCGUUCGUACACUCGUUUAUACAACAACGCUACCAUUACUCUCUUUAAUCUUCAGGAUGCGUUGGAUUUCUGUCGCCGCUGUUCUCGGCGCUGCGCUGCUCCCUGCUAGCGCUCGUCCGCUGUGCCAUCCCGAUCGAUCGACUACGACUGGUCUGCCCUCGACUACAGCAACUACGAGCGUCGAGACUUUGAGCACCGACUCCGCGACUGCCACUGAGACCUCGGCAAUUGAGACAACGGUUACUUUCGUUACUACUUUCACUGAAUCGGGGACCGCUACUGCGACUACGGGUUUCACUACUAUCACCUCUGCGGCCACCAGCGAGGCUGCGACAACUACCUCCGAGGCUCCUGAGGUCACGAACUACAUCCAGAACGGCGACUUUGAGGAUAGCCCCAACACGGAUUGGAGUCUUCGAACCAGUGACAUCAAGAACGACCCUGAACGAGCUCGUUCCGGCAACAAAUACGUCCAAUACGAUGUCGAUGACUCCGAAGCCGUCGGCGGCAAUCAACUGAACCAAACCGUCAACGAUCUCGAUACCGAGCGACUCUACCGUCUUACAACCUAUGCUACCGUUUUCAACACUCCCGCGCCUGUCAAGGAAGAAAGCACCAUCUGCGUCAUCCAAGCUCUGCAGGAGAGCACGAUCCUGUCUCAGUGGCGCCUCGACUUUACGGACUUGGGUACAUACAAGCCGCUCUUCGUCGAUUUCACGCCCGUAGAUGAGGAUGUUACGAUUACAAUGAGACUUCGAUGUACCACUGGAAAGAAGGUCACUUUCUCUGUUGGUCUGGAUGAUGUUUCUCUGUAUGACAUUGGCCCUAAGCUGGUUGGUUAAGCUACGGUAUGUUACCGAUCAUCAUAGUCAGACACUGAGAUCUCAUUGUUGGGAAUUAUCAGGUCAACCAAGUUCAAGCCCCGAUCUUAUGAGCUCGGGAUGCAAAGGGAUCUUGCUAUGAUAUUUAUUCUUCUUCGAACUUGAUGAAACGCUUUUACACAUAUAUGGCCAUUAAUCUUACAUCUUCUAUCACUAUCCUGUGCAUGGGAUAUUAUACAGUGUUUGAACUCAGUAUUGGGCCCUUGAGAUAUAUGUAUCGCUGGUCAUAGAGUUCGAAGCAAUAGUGAAGCAAUGACCACCAGAUCGUUCAAUUCGUUCUUCAUACUCAGUCUCUCCGAUUUCCAAACCCAUGGCACCUUGCUAACCUCCAAACAUCCCCC